ACAUUUGUUGACAUAAAAUUUAUUCUAUGUUCAUAAAGUAUUGACGAGGAAAAACUCUUCGUGAAUUCAUUUUAAUUUAAGUCGAAAUGGAUUCUAUAGAACAUAAACUACAGUACAUGAAUCUAACCGGCCAAGGAGAUGUAGAUCCUAGAUAUACUAAUCGUACAACAAAUCUUGACCAAGGCUCUCCUUUCCACCAAAAACAAAAAUCUGUAGGGACCGCCGAUAGAUUUACCAGAGAUUUUGGUGAAAAUCCAACUAACGAUUAUGCGAUGUAUGAAAGAAAUAAUAUCAUAGCUAGUUCAAAAUAUGCCACCCCUAUACAGUUGGAGACGUUAGUUAAUCCUCAUAGAAUUCCGGAGGAGAAUGAUGUUUAUGUACAAUGUGGAAAACCUCAGCCACAAGUUCCUAAAAUAACGAGUCCUACAAGAGCAAUGAAUGCAACAAUUCACUCCAAUACUAUUGAAUUGGGCAAUAAGCAAUCUUCUGGUGUUUAUGAAAAUGUGGAAUAUUAUGGAUCUAGAGGUCCUCCAGUAUAUUACCAACAAAAUCCUAACAUUAAUGAACCUUAUCACCAAGCCAGACCUCAAGUUGCUUCAGCAAGUAGAGGAACAUUACCAAAAGAUGGUGAGGCACCUCCCUUGUAUGAAAAUUUACAUUCAUAUUCUAAAAAGAGUGUGGGGGCUAUACCAGGACCACAAGUCCCUAUCACCAAUCAGAGACCUAGAUUUACUCCUAUCGAACUGGAAGAAAUAAAUAGUGGAGAUUAUGUUUGUAUGACAGGCAGCGGAAAUAUUUCAACUACAUUAAGCACCAAUACACCAUUUCAAACUUCAUCUGCUAAAACAUAUGACAGAUCUCCUGCAACGGGUAUUGCAUUAACUCCAACUCCAAAACCAGCUCCAAAAAAACCAUCAACCCCAAAGCCAAUAGAAGAAACAUCUAGAGCGAGCCCUGCUCCAAGUCCAACUCCCAGUAAUAGCAGUAUAAUGUCAGGAAAGCUGAAAAUCAGUGGGAAAACUCUUCUUCCAUACAGUGUGACCCCACCAAGACCUAGAGGCCCUACUGAUGCCCAAAAAAAAAUUGAAGAAAUGACUCGACAGAUAGAAGAGGAAAUGGAAAAACAUGAGGAAGAAGGGGAAUAUUUUGGAAUAUGUCACACAUGCGGCGAUAAAGUAACAGGCGCAGGUCAAGCAUGCCAGGCUAUGGGUAAUCUUUAUCAUACCAACUGUUUUAUUUGUUGCUCUUGUGGCCGAGCCCUGCGGGGCAAGGCCUUCUAUAAUGUUCAUGGUCGAGUUUACUGUGAAGAAGAUUACCUGGUAAGCUUUGGUGAAAUAAACGAAGAAGAAAAUAUGACUAACGAUCCCAAAUUUUUGCAGUAUUCAGGAUUUCAGCAAACUGCAGAAAAAUGUGCCAUUUGUGGCCACUUGAUAAUGGAAAUGAUUCUCCAAGCCAUGGGAAAAUCCUAUCAUCCUGGUUGCUUCAGAUGUUGUAUCUGCAAUGAGUGUUUAGAUGGUGUGCCAUUCACAGUAGAUGUUGACAAUAAGAUUUACUGUGUCAAUGAUUAUCACAGAAUGUUUGCCCCAAAAUGUGCAGCUUGUGGGAAGGGUAUCACUCCAGUGGAAGGAACAGAAGAAACCGUUCGUGUGGUUUCUAUGGACAAAGAUUUCCAUGUCGACUGUUACGUUUGUGAAGAAUGUGGAAUGCAACUGACAGAUGAACCAGAUAAAAGAUGCUAUCCUCUUGGUGAUCGAUUAUUAUGUAGGAAUUGUCAUGUUAGAAGACUUCAACAUACUCCAACACCUCGGCAGCUCCAGCCUGUUGCAGCUUCAUAUCAAUACACUGGUUGAUUCUUGUACUAAAAAAUAUUUUCUUGAAUUUUAUUUUCCAUAAAUUUUAUAUUUACUAUUAUUAACCAAACUUUUCCAAAUAUUUAUAAUGUUGUUCCUCUCUCCAGUUAUAUUUUAAUCAUAGUUCUUAGUGGCAGCUUUUCUCAACGGCUUUUACUUGAACUGCUUCCCGUGUUUACCGGAUGAUAAUACUAUUAUGCUAUAAGAAAGAAGUAGUGGACAAAGGACUCUACUUCAAAUAUAUUAUUUAUGUAAGGUUGAUGUUAUGCCCAUUUUAGUGAAUGGUUUUUUUUAAACAUCUACUUGGACAGUUGAUAUGAAAAACAGGAAAUAACCAUUCUUCACAUUGUUGAGACAAUAGAUGAACAUACAACUACUACAAAUGAAGUGUUAUGAACAUAAUAAAUACGAACACGUACUACAGUGCAAUACGAAUUAAUUCUCAGAAUAUUUGAUAGAUGAGAGAGAUAUCAAAUCUUCUUACUCCUUAGGACUUUUCAUCCCUUCAAAAAUUGAAAAUAUUGCAAAUAGAUGUAAUUUCUUCAAAAUAUAUUUGUUUUUAUUUAUAUAGAUUUACAAAAACUUUGAAAUGAAUCAAGUUGUGUGUCAUUUCUCACAUUUUUACCACAUCAGUGAUUAUUUGCAUCUAUGAAAAUCGAGGAGGCAGCUUUUUUCUUGACUUACAAAUUUGAUGGUUCAAUUAACAUCAAAUGGAACAUAUUCUUUUAAGAAUGUGUUGCCAAUCUGACACAAAUUUGGCUUAAAAUAACUAACAGUACUUACUCAAAGAAUUGAGAAUUUAGGCAUAAAAUAUCAAUCAAAUUACCUAAUCAUUUUCAAUUUUUGAAUAAUACAGGAAAAAUCUUCGGUGAUUAUGCAUUUCAUUAGGAAAGAAAAAAAUCAUAAUCUUAUCUUUAUAGAAAAUUGUAAUGGGAAAUUUUAACAUCCUUGCUCAAAUAAAAAUAUUGAAAUUACAAAUUUCAAAAGAAAAGAAAUGGGCAAAAUGGACCAGCCAACCAUUCUAUCCGCAUUUAAUAAUAUUGAUGUAUAACCAAUAGUAUUAGUAUUUUAUGUUAGUAUUUAGGUUUUUAGUGAAAAAAUUGAUUUUGCUCAAAUUGGUGUUAUCAAAAUUUAUAUGAGAACAACACACUUAAAAACAAACUUUGAUUACUUUUUCUCAUGUGCUUGUAUCUUUUCAUCAACUUCAAUUCAAUAAUCAUGGAGGUAUUAUCGUGUUAGAAAUCGAUGUUUUUGGAUAUAAAGUCAUUAUUUUUAGUGAGUUCUUUGCGUGUUUUAUGAAUAAUUCAGUAUUGUUUUAUAAAUUUAUAUUAAAUUUUAUAUUUUUUUAUAGAUUCUUUUUUAGAUUGGAAUUAUUAUCUGAAUUCAGACUCAACAGGUUUGGUUCUGAGUGUGAUGCUCAUAAAAAUGUACUUGGUAGAUUGAAUUAUAAGACCAUUUGUGUUUAUCAGUUCAUUAUUCCAUGUUUAUGUGCUAUCUUUUAAUAAUAUUGAGUAUUGAAUUCUGUGAUACCGAUAGUGAAUAUUUUCAAUUCAUUGUGCUUUUGUAUUAUAAAUUUUUCAUCACAAUUACAUUUUUAAUUGGAAACAUGAGUUAUGAAAUAAAAAUUCAGUAUUUUGAA